AUGAGCUCUCCUAAGAAACCGAAAAUUAGUUUGAGGUAUAAAUACCAAGAUAACGAUCCGGUACGAAUACGUCUUUCUUCCGAAGAACCCAGUGUUUCAGAUAUUGAAACAAAAAUCAUAAAUCGAUAUAAUUUAAAACUUCCUACUGUUGCAGACUACGAAAAAAUAACAAAAGAUAACCCUAUUAUUGUCGAAAACGUUGAAGCUCAAGCACUUAACGAAAUAUGGGUCCGUUAUGAAGAUCAAACCAUUACUUUGAGUCAACAAUUAAAAUAUUACGCUUUAAAUUCAGAAACUCCUAUUUCUGAAUUGUAUAAUACAAACGAAAAUGCAUUAGAGAUUGUAAUUGAUGAUGUCACGAGUAGAAUGUCAAAAUUAGCCAUCCAUGAUAAAGAUGAACCUAAUUUUGAAUAUGUAUCUCUUGCAUUCAAUCAUGAAUUUAAAGAUGAUUCAAAUUAUGUUCAAAAUUUUCAUAAUUAUAUUACAUUAUGUCACCACAAAUCUAAAGACAGAGAUAGUUACAUGCCUUAUAUUUCCAUUGUACAAUCCUCAGGUUAUGGUAAAUCGAGACUCAUUAAAGAAUAUGCAAGGCAGCUUGCCAAGGAUCCAGUAAAAUGGUUCAAUAAUUUUUUAGUAAUGGCUAUUUCUUUGAUAGAUACUAAACAUAAUCCAAGUGAGUUUUGGGAACGUCAUCCUAAAGAUAAUGGUGAUUCUAUUUGGGAACCUGCAAUUGAAGCUACAAAUGCUUGUGAAAUUACCAAAAAUCAAGAAUUAAAAAUAUCAGUAGUGAUGUAG